GCGGGCAGAACAUGGAGCGAGGACGCCCCUAACGCGGUGGGCAGGGAGUGUUGAAGCCCUGCAGAUGCUGAUCCCCACGUGCCUGACGAUGACAGCGUGUCCCUGCGCUCACAGCACGGCCAGCCGAGGGGAAAAGCCCCCCGACAAUCGGCCGCUAAGCCGGUCUCAGACUUUGGGGCCGGUCGUAGAGAGGAGACCCUCCUCCCCUGGGCUGGCCAGCGCGCCGGCCGGCCUCCCGUCCCCUCCCCGCCCCGCCCCGCCGGCGGCGGAGGGUCCUUCCCCGGGGAAAGUUGCUCGGCGUCCCCCGGGCGCGGGGCGGGGGCGUGCGGCGCUGCCCCCGCUGCCUCUCGUCCGUGUCGCCGAGCUCUUUAUUCCAAUCGCAGAGAGGGCGCCUCGCCGCCCGCCCUGCCGGGGACACGCGGUGCGGGCUCCUGCGGGGUGGGCAGGAAGGAGCCCAUGGCCGGGCGGGCAGCCCCGGGCCCCGGGGCUCUGCUCUGCGCCCUGCUCUGGGCAGCGGCGGCAGCGGGGGGCGGCCCCGGGGACAACCCCGCUCCCGGCGCCUUCGGCCACGUCUACCGGGGCGCCGUGAACAUCAGCGCGGAGCGGGUCUACGCCUUCGCCUACCGCAGCGAGCCCGGGCAGGUGGAUGCGGUGCGGGUGUACGUGAACAGCAGCUCUGAGAACCUCCAGUACCCCGUCCUGUUUGUAGUUCGCCAGCAGAAGGGAGUGCUCUCGUGGCAGGUCCCACUGAUUUUUCGAGGCCUCUAUCAGAGGACCUAUAAUUACCAAGAAGUGAGUCGGACCCUCUGUCCCACCGAGCCAACACCUGAAACAAGACCCUCUGAGCAGGUUAUAUUCGUGGACGUCGCUUCCAUGGCACCGUUCAAUAUUGCAUAUGAGCUGCUAGUCACCAGGCUGGAGAACUUCCAACUUGAGACCAACAAAGCCUUUAAUUUCACUGCCAGCCCUUCCCAGCCCCAGUAUUUUCUGUACAAAUUUCCUCAGGAUGUCGAUUCAGUCAUUAUUAAUGUGGUGUCUGAUGCAGCCUACCCAUGCUCAGUUGUCUCUGUCCAGGAUAUUGUGUGCCCAGUGUAUGACCUGGACCAUAACGUGGAGUUCAAUGGAGUUUAUCAGUCUAUGACAAAGCAGGCAGCCAUAACAGUGCAGAGAAAAGAUUUCCCAGGUGAGCAGUUCUUCGUUGUGUUUGUCAUCAAGCCAGAGGAUUACGCCUGUGGGGGUUCUGUGCCUUCUUCAAUUCGUGGGAAUGUCAACCGUACCUGGAACCUGCAGCGGACAAAGAACCUCCAAGUGACCAUUGUGCCCUCCAUCAAAAAGUCUGUUUAUGUCCAGGCCAUGUUCUUCAGCUUCCUGGGUUUCCUCUCCUUUUACCUGGGCUCGGUGAUUGUUGCUUUUGUGCACUACAUUAGGGUUCAGAGGAAGGCUUCAGCUGGGAGAUUGAGUCCUGAGCAUGGAUCUGGGAUGAUGACUUCUUCACACCCCAUCUCAGCCAGCACUCCUGAGGGAAGCAGCUACGGUGCUAUUGCGUCAGAGCACCUGGGGCACCUUUGUUCUUGCUGUGCACGGAGGGGUUUAGCCUUCCCCCUGCUGUCUCCUUCUCCCCGCUGCGGCGCAGACGAGUCCAGCUCCAGCGGCGGGCGGCAGCCGCCCUCCCCGGAGCGCAGGGCCCCCGGCGGCUCGGACACGGACAGCUCCGUGGAGGAGGAGAGCGACUUCGACACCAUGCCGGAAAUCGAGAGCGACAAGAACAUCAUCCGCACGAAGGUGUUCCUCUAUCUAUCAGACUUGUCCAGGAAAGACCGAAGGAUUGUCAGCAAAAAAUACAAAAUCUAUUUCUGGAACAUCAUCACCAUAGCGGUGUUCUACGCCCUGCCGGUCAUCCAGCUCGUCAUCACUUACCAGACGGUGGUGAAUGUGACGGGCAAUCAGGACAUCUGCUACUACAACUUCCUGUGUGCUCAUCCCCUUGGGGUGCUGAGUGCCUUCAACAACAUCCUCAGCAACGUGGGCCACAUGAUGCUGGGCUUUCUUUUCCUCCUCAUUGUUUUGCGAAGGGACAUCCUCCACCGUCGGGCCAUGGAGAUGAAAGAUAUCUACACCCUGGACUAUGGGAUCCCAAAGCAUUUUGGUCUCUUUUAUGCUAUGGGCAUUGCUCUGAUGAUGGAAGGGGUGCUCAGUGCCUGUUACCACGUGUGCCCUAAUUACUCCAAUUUCCAGUUUGACACCUCGUUCAUGUACAUGAUCGCGGGACUGUGCAUGCUCAAGCUCUACCAGACCCGGCACCCAGACAUCAAUGCCAGCGCCUACUCCGCCUAUGCCUCGUUUGCUGUGGUGAUCUCCCUGGCUGUCCUUGGAGUGGUGUUUGGGAAAAAUGACAUGUGGUUCUGGGUUAUUUUCUCCAUGAUCCACGUUUUGGCCUCGCUGGCUCUCAGCACCCAGAUCUACUACAUGGGUCGCUUCAAGAUCGACGUGGGCAUGUUUCGGCGAGCAUUGAUGGUGCUGUACACAGACUGCAUCCAGCAGUGCAGCCGACCAAUGUACAUGGACAGGAUGGUCCUGCUCAUUGUCGGGAACCUGGUCAACUGGUCCUUUGCUAUCUUUGGGCUGGUGUAUCGGCCCAGGGACUUUGCCUCCUACAUACUGGGAAUCUUCAUCUGUAACCUGCUGCUGUAUCUGGCCUUCUACAUCAUCAUGAAGCUCCGCAGCUCUGAGAAGCUCCUGCCCAUCCCCAUGUUCUGCAUCGUGGCCACAGCAGUGGUGUGGGCAGCUGCCCUCUACUUCUUCUUCCAGACCCUUAGCAGCUGGGAGGAGACUCCAGCAGAGUCCCGGGAAAAGAACCGGCCGUGCAUCCUGCUGGGAUUCUUUGAUGACCACGAUGUCUGGCACUUCCUCUCCGCAGCUGCCUUGUUCUUCUCCUUCCUGGUCCUGCUGACGCUGGAUGAUGACCUGGAUACGGUGCGCAGGGACAAGAUCCCAGUGUUCUGAGUCCCCAGGGACGGGGCAGAGGUGUCCCAAAGCACUCAGCCAAAGGCACUGGGCCACUGGUGUCUGUGGAGAAUGAGCCUGCUUCCAUGGCCAGCAGCCCAGGGGAGCAGGGGAACCGGAUCCCGCGGCAGGCAUGAAGGGUGCUGUGGCAGCUGAGGUGGGACCAGGAGGGAAGAUGAUGUUACUCCUUUCCCACCCCAUCGUCUGGGGCAGGCUUGAUCCAGAGGCCCAGGCCAGUGCACAGCCCUCUUGCUUGUGGGUGCAGUGGGUGCUGGAGCCAGUGAGGAGGGAGGAAACAGGAGGGAGGCAUGUUAGAGACCUUUGCUUCCCUUCCUUCCUGCUGAUGUGCUCCACUUCCUCUCUGGUGAGCAGGCUUGAGAAGUGCCAUGCAAAUCUUCCUGCACAGGGAGCUAAUGCCUGCACCCUGCAGUCUGCUGCCCUCGGCGAGUCCCUUCAGCAGCACAAGGAGAGCAUUUGGUUCCUGUACUGCAGCAGCCGAGGGAGCAAAGGACUCCAAAAUGAGGUGGCAGUGGGGGGACUGUGUUUUCUUUUUUCCUCUUUUCAUUGGAGAGACUCCUUCGGUAGCUGGUGGGGAGCCAUGGUACCAAGGCUGCAGCGUUGGUGGGAGGUGGUGAACUAGAGCUGCCUCUGAGGGCUCUGCCAGGCUCAGUCUCCUGCCUCGCUCUGCUGCAGCCUCUCUGUCGCUCCUGUGGAACAGCCACACUCCUCUGGCAGCUCUGGUGCUGGCACUUGGCAGUGCUGCUCUCUGUGCAGCACCACAAGCGCUCUCCUCAAACGACCCUGAGAGAGCCCACACAGCAAAGCCACAGCCUUGUGUGGCAGCCCUUGGCUCCUGCUGUGUGCCUUGCUAAAGGGACAGGGUGGAACAGGGAGGUUUUCCAAAGCCUCAGACUUUCUCCUCUCAUGAGCUUGCCUUGGACAACCUUGGCAAAGCAGGUUCCCUUAUGGGCUGGAGGGUGAAGGAGAUUUUUGGGGCAGUUGUUGUUGAGAUGUGGACCAAAUUUUCUUCUCCAACUUGUCGGAAUCUGAAAUGAGUUUUUUAAUGGCUUCUGCAUUCUUUCCAGUUUCUUAGUUAUUUAAAAAAACCAAGAAUAAGGUGUGAAUUAUUUCAGGCCUCACAUCCAAAGUGAGACCUGUUUUGCUAAUUUGCAAUUAAAAAGUGUUCUUUGAGGCCUGCUGUCCUUAUUCUUGUCUGCCUGAGCAUUUUUACUUCAGUGUAUGUGAAUGGAGCCAGUGAUGCAAAGGUUUCAUUCCACUUCUGCUUACUAAAGCCGGUGACUGGUGAUGUUUUACUCCAAGGGUCUGUAUCUCCUUGAGGAGUUUUGCAGCAGCUGGUUUUUAGUUUUUUCCAAGUUGGAGUUUGUUGAGAUGGUCAAUAAAAUGGAUGUUCCUGGUUCCCUGCCCUGCAGGUUGAUCUGAAUUCAUCUUGCUCCUGCUCUCAGCAGCAGCAGAGACAGCAAUUAGGGCAGAGAGGUGCCCAGGGGUGUCACACAGCUGCUGCCAUCCUUGGGACUGUCACAGGCCUUUCCAGAGUGUAGGUGUGGAUGACCUGCUUGUUCUCUUAACCAAAUUGCCUUUGUGAGGCUACACAGAGUAAAGAACAGACACUGUUGUCACUGUUGUCCCUUGGGCAGGGUGAGGAGAGGGCUGGAGGAGGAAUGACACAAGAGGCUGCCAACUUUUAUCUUCCUGAGCAGAGCUGUGCUGCUCUGGAGGGUGUUGGGGUAGCUGUGCCAGGCUGAAGGAGGACCUCUGUGCCCCCAAAUUUGUCCAGUUCUGGGGGCACAUUUUUAUAUAAUAUACUUUCUCCCUGUGUUUUCAUAAUCUGUAGUCUCAGACCUUGUUCCAAGCUCAUGUUUGUUUCUAGACAGGAAGCUGGUUAUCUUAUCUAAAUUGAAAAGUGAGGAAAAAAUAAUGUUGAACAGCAGUUGGAAGGCUCAGCGUAGGAGGUGGAACAGCAUAUGGGCUCGCUGAGCUGAGCAGAGAUGAGCACAGCAUGCAAUGGUAAGGUGGUAGCAGGGAGGGAGAGGGGGGCUGGAGAACAGCACAGAAUGAACGGAAAACCAUGACAGAAUUCAAUUAAAUACAAGGAAAGGCACCUCAAGCCUGAGAGACGGGAGGAGGUGUUGGAACCGUCUCCCUGCUGCUUCUCUGCUUCCAGCUUGCUGCAUCCAUUUAAAAAAUUUCCUCUUAGCCUUGCCCUGCCUGGUGAGCUCAGUUUGUGCUUCAGCUCUCCCACCUGGUGGCCUCCUCCACGUCUGUGGCUGCUGGGGGGUCUGCCUGGACACCCGGGCACUCUGUGCUCCCAGCUGUCCUAGGCACACUUGGCUCUACAGCCCCUGCCCCAGAAAUGCAGCUUGUCUCCAGUGCUGCUCUCCUUCUCCGGCCUCUUCCCUCGGGCAGGAGGAGCAGCACAUGGGGACAUGGGGGACCCUCAGUCCCUGAUCUGCAGGGGUCAUGCUGUUCUUUUCUCUCCUUUCCCUGCUCACAGAGGGAGAGAGAUGUAGGGGUAAAAGCAGAGCAGCACCAUGGAAUUGUGUUGGGAGGUGAGGGGGCUUUUUUGCUGCCCAUGGUUUGGUAGUGGAGUCCCUGCUUCCUCCUGCUGUGCCCACGCUUGGGAUAAACUGCUGUCACAGUUCCUGAAAGGGAAACAAACUGUGCCACAGGCAGGGACACCUCCUACUAGAACAAGUUGCAUCCAAUCAGGCCUUUCUAGAGAUGGUGCAUCCACCACCACUCUGGACAAUCUGUUCUAGUGUUUUACCACUCUCAUAGUAAAAAACGUCUCUCUUACAUUCAAUAUAUUCCCUGUUUUCUCAGGAAAUGUAGGUAAUGUUGUUUGCCAGUACAACUGAAAGGAGAAGGAAGCAGCUGCUGUACAAUGCUAAUAUCCCCUCACAGGUUAGGAAAACUACCAGUCGUGAGCUGUUACAGCUCCCCCUCGAGCCUCUGGCCUGGCAGAAGAGCAGCCAAGGCAGGGGGAAUGCACUGCAGUGAGAAAGAGCAAGGCAGCUCCCUUGUGUCCUGUUUCCCCUCCCCUCUGCUGUGACUGAACUGUACACUGGCCGUCACUGACGGAACAAAAGCCUCUCUGUCUUAAUACUAAACUUCAGCCUUUUUUUAAAUUAAGACUUUCCCUAAAGGCAACUUCCAUGCCUGCAAGAAUGUUGAGGUUUACAAGCCAGGUUUUCUGGAGCCCCUGAAAAGAAUUGUUUCCUAGUAACUCUGUCAACUUCAGUACUGUGCAAUCUCCCAAAAAAGCCUUUACUUACCUUGCAGGGUCUUUGUACUGCUCUCAUCCAAACCGCAUCCUUUAGCUUCAAACUGUGACAAAAUAACUGUCUCAGACCACUUCCAAACCAAUGCAAGGGCACUGUGAUGAGAAGCAUUUUAGAAAAUGAAGUUGUAUCUCAACAGUGAUCGCUGUCACCAGGGCAGGGACAGCACCUGCCGUGAAUUUUUUAGAUACUACACAAUCAGUAUUUAUUUCUUCUGAAUUAUGUAGUUUUAUAUUUCCAACUAACACAGUGCAUUACUCUGGUAUAUGCAGAGAAUGUACAUCAGGGGGAAACUCUGACUGCAAAGCUUUUAUUUUUACCUCUACUUAAGAGUGAACAGCAUAGCUUUCUGUGGGGAAAGAAGCUGUACCAACAAGAACACAAUAUUCAAGGAGUGUUUUUCUCUUUUUUUAAUAAAAUACUAUCAUGUUCAUAUCUAUACAAAUAAUUAUUACAACUAUUAAACAAAGUAUUACAUUUAACAAUAGAAAUCUCAGAACUCUGAACAAGAUCAUGGUUUGGGAUAUUUACACCUGAAUGCAACACGUUUGUAAAAAGAUGUCAAAAUAAACAGAGCAAGAUCUUAUUUACAAUUGGAA